UCUUCAGGAAGCUGCAGGCUUCAAAUAGACAGGGCUGCAGUGUGUUAGCGGAUCCUUCUCUGUGACAUUGCACAGAGCAGCAGUGUGCAGCUUAUUCAGGUUACCAGGGACGCCAGCGAGCCCACUAACAUGGACCCCUGUCACUGGGCAACAGCUACUAUUUUUCUUCAGAUCCUGCUCUUUAUGGUACUGAGUUGGCGAACAGCCCGCUCAGAGGAGGACGUAGGCUCACAGUGGGAUGCCUGGGGUCAGUGGAGUGAGUGCUCGCGGACCUGUGCUGGAGGUGCCUCAUACUCACUGCGGCGAUGUCUGAGCAAUCGAAAUUGUGAUGGGCAGAAUAUCCGUUACAGGACAUGCAGCAGUGUGGACUGCCCCCCAGAAGCUGGGGAAUUUCGUGCACAGCAAUGUUCUGCUCACAACGACGUCAAGUACCAGGGCCAGUACUACGAAUGGCUUCCUGUCUACAAUGACCCUGAGAAGCCCUGUGCAUUGAAGUGUCUGGCAAAGGGAACAUCAGUGAUCGUGGAACUGGCACCAAAAGUGCUUGAUGGCACCCGGUGUUACACUGAGACUUUGCACAUGUGUAUCAGUGGAAACUGCCAAGUUGUUGGCUGUGAUCACCAGUUGGGAAGCAGCGCCAAGGAAGAUAACUGUGGAAUCUGCGACGGAAAUGGCUCCACUUGUAGACUUGUGCGAGGACAAUACAAAUCUCAACUAUCAUCGAAUAAGUUGGAUGACACCAUCAUUGCCAUUCCAUAUGGAAGUCGACAUGUCCGAAUUGUACUCAAAGGCCCAGACCAUCUGUAUUUGGAAACAAAGACUCUUUUGGGCCAGAAAGGGGAGAACAACCUCAGCACACCCGGACCCUUCAGCAGUGUAAACACCAGCUUCGAUUUCCAGAAACUUCCAGACAAGGAGAUCCUGAGAGCAAGUGGGCCACUUGGAGCAGAUUUCACCGUGAUGAUACAACAUAUGGGGAUAGGAGAGAGUGUGGUACAAUUUUUCUUUUACCAGCCAAUCAUACAUCAAUGGAGAGAAACCGAUUUCUUCCCGUGUUCUGUUACUUGUAGUGGAGGGUACCAGCUGACAUCUGCGGAAUGCUAUGACCUGCGUAGUGAGCGUGUGGUAUCUGACCAGUACUGUCAUUACUAUCCUGAAAACAUAAAGCCAAAGCCCAAGUUGCAGGAGUGCAACAUGGAUCCCUGUCCUGCCAGUGAUGGCUACAAACAGAUCUUUCCCUUUGACCACUUCCAACCACUUCCUCGGUGGGAAAGUAGCCCUUGGACUGCCUGCUCAAGCUCAUGUGGAGGAGGUGCCCAGCUCCGCACUGUCUCCUGUGUUGAGGAAGAUAUCAAUGGACAAAUCACCAAUGCCGAGGAGUGGAAGUGCAUGUACAUACAGAAAUUUCCCGUCAUGCAACCCUGUAACCUCUUUGAUUGUCCAAAAUGGUUGUCGCAGGAAUGGUCUCCUUGUACAGUGACAUGUGGACAAGGCCUCAGAUAUCGGGUGGUCCUGUUCGAUCACAGAGGACUGCACGCUGGUGGCUGCAACCCCAAGAAAAAACCUCAUGUCAAAGAGGAAUGCACAGUCAUGGUUCCAUGUUAUAAACCCAAAGAGAAACUCCCUGUGGAAGCAAAGCUGCCGUGGUACAAACAGGCACAGGAGCUGGAGGAAUUGCUGGUUGUUUCCGAGGAGCCUUCGUGA